AUGUCUGCCGCCAACCGACAGCCCCUCUACCUCCGCUGCGAGAUGAAGCCGGCCGAGCACCGUGCCGCGCUCACGCCCACCACCGCCAAGAAGCUCAUCGAGGCCGGCUUCGACAUCACGGUCGAGUCGGACCCGCAGCGUAUCUUUGACGACAAGGAGUACGCCGACGUAGGCUGCACCAUCGCCAAGCACAACACCUUCCACUCGCUCCCCAAGCACAUCCCCAUCAUCGGCCUCAAGGAGCUCGAGGAGCCCGGUCCGGAUCUGCCGCACACGCACAUCCAGUUUGCGCACUGCUACAAGAAGCAGGCCGGCUGGGUCGACGUGCUCGGCCGCUUCAAGCGCGGCGGCGGAAAGCUCUAUGAUCUCGAGUUCCUCGAGGACAGCAACGGCCGUCGUGUCGCUGCCUUUGGCUGGCACGCCGGAUUCGCCGGCGCGGCGCUCGGCCUGCUGGCGCUCGCCGAGCAGGUGCAGGGUUUCGAGCGCCGUCUGGGCGCGCAGAAGGCGUACCCGAACGAGCAGGCGCUCAUCGCACACGCCAAGCAGCAGAUCGAGCACAUCCGCAAGUCGCGCGCCGACGGCAAGGUCAAGGCGCUCGUCGUGGGUGCGCUCGGCAGGUGCGGUCGCGGCGCCAUCGACUUUUUCGAAAAGGCCGGCGUGGCUCCCGAGGACAUUGUGCGCUGGGACAUGAAGGAGACCUCGGCCAAGCACGGACCGUACCAGGAGCUGCUCGACGUCGACAUCUUUGUCAACUGCAUCUACCUCACCUCCAAGAUCCCGCCCUUCCUGGACGAGGCGACCAUCCAGGCGGCGGGUGCUUCGCGCCGUCUCGGGGUGGUGGUGGACGUGUCGUGCGAUACGACCAACCCCAACAACCCGCUGCCCAUCUACAGCAUCAACACCACCUUUGACAAGCCCACCGUCGACGUCGACACGGGUGCAGGCAACCCGGCACUCAGCGUCAUCUCGAUCGAUCACCUCCCCACGCUCCUCCCGCGCGAGAGCUCCGAGGGCUUCAGCAACGACCUCCUCCCCAGCCUGCUCCAGCUGCCCCUCGUGCUCGGCAAGGACACCACGCAGCUCGACACGCUCGAAGAGGGCAAGGGCGCAGUGUGGCAGCGCGCCGAAAAGCUCUUCCGACACCACCUCGCAGACGCAGAGAAGAACGGCGCCUGA